AUGGAUGAAGAGGCAGCUCGAGUGAGUGGCGGUGUUAGUGGCAUUGGAGGGAGUGUGGGUGGAUCUGGAUCAUCGCCUGGAGGAGAGAGAGAGGUCUCCUCUCUCCGAAAGGUUCUCUUCACCGAGCAUCCAGGAAUACCCGAGGCGAACUCGGGUGAAGACGAAGCGCAACGCUGCUUGCUACCUGUCAAUCGUGGAGAGCAUUCACGUCCACGUGGAGUAGUACAUCGAAAAAUGUCUCUUGUGGGUAAACCGUUAGCCUACAAGAACUAUCGAACAGAUCAACGAUUUCGAAGAAUGCAAUCGAAAAUGCACAAUUUUCUUGAAAGACCUCGGGGAUGGAAAGCUGCAUCUUAUCACUUAGCUGUGCUAGUAAUGGUGUUAAUGUGUUUGGCGCUCUCUGUGUUCUCCACAAUGCCGGAUUUUGAGAAGAACGCGACUUUGAUAUUGUAUUAUAUUGAAAUCGUGUUCGUUAUCUGGUUGGGCAUUGAGUAUGUGUGCAGAGUUUGGUCGGCCGGUUGUCGUUCUAGAUAUCGAGGGAUUGCGGGGAGAAUUCGCUUUGCCACCUCUGCCUAUUGUAUUAUUGAUAUUAUUGUUAUCGUUGCCUCGAUUAUUGUUCUGGUGAUUGGUGCUACGGGUCAGGUGUUUGCGGCAUCCGCAAUUCGAGGUCUUCGCUUUUUUCAAAUUCUCAGAAUGUUGCGAAUCGAUCGUCGAGCUGGCACUUGGAAACUCCUCGGAAGUGUUGUCUGGGCUCAUCGACAAGAGCUUCUAACAACUCUCUACAUUGGUUUUCUCGGUCUAAUAUUUUCUUCAUUUCUUGUAUAUUUAUGUGAAAAGAACACAAACGAUAAAUACAGUACAUUCGCUGAUGCAUUAUGGUGGGGAGUGAUAACGUUAUCGACAGUUGGAUAUGGUGAUAAAACGCCUGAGACAUGGCCAGGGAAGAUUAUCGGAGCUUUUUGCGCUCUUCUUGGGAUUUCUUUCUUUGCUCUACCAGCUGGGAUUCUUGGGUCAGGAUUUGCACUGAAAGUGCAACAACAUCAACGACAAAAGCAUUUGAUUAGGAGAAGGGUACCAGCUGCUCGAUUGAUUCAAUGCUUGUGGAGGCACUACUCUGCAGCUACUGAAAGUUGCUCAGUGGCUACUUGGAAAGUACAUCUAGCUCCAGCUCCAUCACCUCCAAUCAUAAAGACGCCUCAAGGCAAUGGCGGACCAAACUCGUUGAUCAGCAGGAUACGACAAUCGACAAAGAAGAAGACAAAUACAAGCCUACCCAACUCAACUCCAGUCACCAACAAUGUAGCCAGUCUCCCAGUGAUGAAAACUCUUCUCGUCCCAAAGCCCAGUGACAAUAUCAGCAUUGUUUCAACCUCUGACAUCAGUGAAUUAGAAUCCUUGGGCACUUUGGGUUUUUCUUUGGGCAAUUGGAGAAGUAAAAGCAAAAGAGACACGCGAAAGACGGUUGAUGACUCAUCCCUUCACACCCGAGUUGCGACUUCAGCCUCCUUAGGCAAUAUGGAUAUCGGGGCAUCAAAAGAAGAAGCGGCUAUGAGAAGACAUCGUCGGUCUCUCUCAUUGUGUAGAUAUCUGGCAGAAGAUCGAGAAGUGAUCGGCGACUAUUCACUCAUGGUUGCCCCAUUGUAUGAAUGGUGUGAAAAGCUGAGGAAAAGAAACAAUCAAACGUCUGGACCCGUCUGGUCACAGUUCACCACUUGUGCUCCGAGAAGAUCAACGGAUUCGAUCAGCGACGACGAAUAUCCGUCGAUUCAGCCGAGAACAAUGGAUGAGUACACUCCAGUCUUAAAGAAUACAAUUAGAGCAAUAAGGAGGAUACAGUUGAUGGUGGCUAGACGAAAGUUUAAAGAAGCUUUAAAGCCUUAUGAUGUGAAAGAUGUGAUUGAACAAUACUCAGCUGGUCAUGUCGAUUUACAAUCUCGAGUCAAAGUUGUACAACAAAAACUCGAUCUAAUCGUUGGGAAAACUUGUGACAAAACUGAAGCUAAACUACCUUUAAGCCAUCGAGUGAUUCAUGUAGAGAGACAGAUUGAACAAAUUGAUAAGAAAAUGGAUAUGUUGUUGGAAUUGUUUCUUGAAGAAAGAAGAAUGAGAACUGGAGGGGAUUAUGGAAGGAAGAGUCCUCCACAUUCAGCUCAUGCUCGAUUAGACAGCUCUGCGAUGGAUGCUAAAAGCCUUUCCCUUCGAAAUCGAAACUAUUCUGCUGAUGAGGCUGCCGCAAAAAUUGCAAGAGCUCGAAUGCCAGAACUACCUUUAAGAUCACUUCAGAAGACUGCUCCCAGUCAAGACACUUUAGAUAUGUUCACAGCAAGAUCUCGAUCCGAUGCUACCUCCGAGAGCUCUCCUCUCCUCCGAACCGAUGUCACCAUCGAUGUUGAUGAAGAUGAGUCAGAUGAAGAUGAUUUACGGCCGAUUACU